GAGCACGGUGCGGAGGAAGACGUGUGUGCGCCGCGUUCCCGUAGUGAGGAGGAGGUGAGGCCGGUGCAGAGGGCGGUAAUGGCGUGCUGCUAGUGGCUAUAAUGGCGCGUGCUGAGUGGCGGUGAGGGUGGGGAGAUGCCUGUGGCGCGCUCUGUCUCGGCGACCCAGCUGGACGGCGGUGGCGGAGGCGGAGGAGGGGCGGUGGUCCUGCUUGCUCCUAAGGCUCACACGCUGGACAGCAGGUUAGCGAAACCCUCCAUGAUGAACGGCCACGGGGAGCCUCGUAGAAAGCGACCCUUCAUGUCCUUCCGCCUCAGCAAGAAGUCGAGUAAGCACAAGGAAGGCGGGAAUGGGCGGGAGGUGAGCCAGAACCCGGGUGGUGGAGGAGGCAACGCAGGUGUGAACAGUGGUGAUGUGGACACUAACAACACCAAUGCCAACCACCACCACCUCCACCAGGGCAGCCACACCCCCACCACGAUAUCGGAGAACGGCGCUGAGAGCUUGGAUGGCGGCAGUGACUCAAGCAGUGCCUCAGUGAAACCAAAGAAAAAAUACCUGACGCGCGUUAGUUCGUUCGUGAGCCGGGUGGCCUCCAAGGUGCAAGGCGGGGGCGUCGGUGGGGGCAGUGGUGGACUAGGCGUGGUGAUAGGCACAAACGUAGUCGCUGGGAACGCCACAACCAGAGGGCGACUCGAGCGUAGUAAGACGAUAUCCGUGAGUGAUCUACGGACUGCGAAAGUUGAGGACUGUGUCGAGUUCGUGGACGGCCGCGUGCCUGGCAUAAUGGGGAUACGCAACCACGGGAACACCUGCUUUAUCAACGCCGUCAUCCAGUGCCUCUGCCACACGGAUGUCCUGGCGGAGUACUUCGUUCUGGAUCAGUAUAAACACGACCUCGCGCGGUGUAACAAAAUCAACUCCAAGAAGUACGGAACGCGCGGGGAGAUCACGGAGCAGCUGGCGGUCCUCCUGAAGGCGCUCUGGACCCUGCGUUACAUCCCCGACCUCUCCAUGAACUUCAAGAACACGGUGGACAAGUACGAGUCGCUGUAUAGGGGCUCGCAGCAGCACGAUGCGGCGGAGUUCCUCAUGUUCGUGCUGGAUAAGGUGCAUGAGGACCUGAAUACCGCGUCCAAGAGGAAGUACAAGAAGAUCAAGAACACCUACGGACGCCCUGACGAGAUAGUAGCUGCGGAGACUCUCGCUAACCACCUGAGAUGCAACAGCAGCUUCAUCCAGGAGAUAUUUCAGGCACAGUUCCGCUCAUCCCUCAAGUGCCCUCAUUGCCAGAAGGAGUCCAACACCUUUGACCCGUUCGUGUGCGUGUCCAUCCCCAUCCCCCAGCGGCAGGUGCAGGCCAUCUUCGUGUGUGUCGUGUACCUUAACCAGCAGCCCAAGCAGGUCCAGCUUGGCAUGAGCAUCGAGACCACCGCCACCAUCCAGGACCUCCGCCAGCAGCUCGCCGAGGACUGUGGCAUCCCGGCCGGCAGCCUCAUCAUCACCGAGGUGGACGGCGAAGGCUUCCACCGCACCUUCGCUGACGGCAGCCCAGUCAACGUGAUAGGUGAGAGCGACCCGCUGUACGCCAUCGAGCUGCCGCCUCAAGCCCGCCCACGAGAGGCGGUGCCUUUCCUCAUCACCUGGGUCAAUGUUGUGUUGGCGGACCCGGAGAACAUCAGGUUCGGAGGCGUGUACCAGAGUCAGGUGGUGCGCGACGUCAGUUACGUGGACCUGCAGAAGCUCCUCCUCAAAGAGAUGACCAACAUGGUGACCAACGACACUCUCACGUCAGAGCAGGAGAGUGGACUGUUCCUGAUCGGGGUUGACGACGGGGGCAGCUGCGUCAUCUGCCUGGACCCCGCGCUGGAUGUGCCUCUCUUCCAUGAGUGUGUGGAGCAGGCCCUUGCCCUCUGUGACCCUGUGGCCGGCCCCCCUCACAUCAAGCUCGUCUUACAGUGGACCAACCAGACCAAAGAAAAGUACAUAGUGGACGAUGUGGAUCACGUGGACGAACAUUUCAGCGUCAAGGAACUGAAGGAGAACCCCCAGCAGUGUGCAUCCGUCUCCCUGCAUCAGUGUCUGCAGUUGCACACGUCGGCUGAGAAGCUCGGGUGUGGGGACGCAUGGCACUGCCCGACUUGUAACCGCAAGCAGCAGGUGGUGAAGAGACUCAUGCUUUGGUCCGCCCCACAGAUACUGGUCAUCCACCUCAAAAGAUUCAGACAAGGAACCCUUCAGAGCAACUCAUCUAAGCUGUCCACCACCGUCAAGUUCCCCCUCAGCGGCUUUGACAUCUCGGAGCACGUAGCCAGCAAGCCCAACAACACCCACCCCAACAGCCCUGCUGACUCCGGCAUGCUUGGGGGCGUCUGGUCACCAUGGAAGAGACCCAAGCGCUCCGUCAUGCACCCCGAGGAGAAUGUUUAUGAUCUGUAUGCCGUUUGUUACCACCACGGGAAGGAUAUGCAAGGGGGUCACUAUACAGCCAUGUGCAAGAACACAGCGGACAACCGGUGGUACAGCUUCGACGACAGCAAGGUGGAGGCCGCCUCGGAAGACCAGGUGGUGAGCCCCGACGCCUACAUCCUCUUCUACCAGCGUCGCAGUGACAACACACUGAUGAGCUGCUCUGAGGGAGGCUUACCCGAGCACUGGGCCUUCAGGAUACCCCUCUCCUACCUCCCCCCAGCCCUUGCCCUCCCUGCCAGCAAGGAGAACAAAGUCCCAGCGCCUCCCCCAGCACCCUUCGAGCGGGGGAGGUCCUACGGCACACUGCCAGUGGGGGUGCGGGGGCAGAGGCAGUCGUCCACGGAGAGAGAACACGCAUCGGACACUGAGGCACCGCUGGCGUCCCACGAGGAGUCUCCCCUUCUGAAGCGGCGGUCCACAAGCACGCUGCUGGAGAAGGACGACUCGCCCUCGGAGGAGACGCCCAAGUGCAGCCUCAAGAUCGAGACAGUGAAGGUGGACGUCCUCACCACCCAGAAGGAGAAGGAGAAGGACGAGGAUGAGACCAUGGACUGCGACACCACCAUCAUCACCACCCAGGAUAGCGAUGAGGAGAUGGCGGAGGUGGUUCGGAAGACACCCGCUAACCCCACCAUCAUCACAACCAACCCAACACCACCUCCCACCACCAAUAAGACGGUCCUCAUAUCCAGGUGCCAGGCCAUGAGGGACACCGACCUCCCCGACGGCCCAAUGACCAACGGCGCGCUUACAAACGGCCACGCGGGAUCACCAGACGAGGAGGAGGAUGUGGAGUGCGACGUGCCUUCAGUGGAGUCCCGUGAGGCGGAGGAGGUGGAGCGACGUCAGGAACAAACGCCGGAGGUCCGGAUCCACCCAGCGACGCCAGAGGUUCUUGCCGCACAUCAAGGCCACAGCGAUGGACAGCCAAAACGUAGCAUCAUCACGUUGACGCUUCGGCCGAGGAACCCGAGUGAGUCGUCAUGCGAGGCGAGGGUUGUCUCACGCACCCCAAGCCUGGCCAGCACUCGAAGUUCCUCCAGUGCGUCCAGCAACGGGGCUGUAGUGAACGGCGUCGACAGCCCUUACCAGAACGGGAGUCUUGAGGACGAUCCGCAUAGUCCCGUCACCCCAGAGAUCAGGAUAACGCCCUUGGCCAAGACAGUUGACAGCAUGGGUUCCAGUCCUGUCCCUCCGCCAGUCAAGGUCUCCACUCGUUGCAUGAACGCCAACAAGACUGCUAGUUUUGUGGUCAUCAACACCCCCACCGCCAGCCCAAGAGCCCCACGCCCCAAAACACCGGUCAUCGCAGGCUACAACGGAUCCCCAAAGCCAUACUCCUCUAAGGUCACUGUCAAGACCAGAGACCCUUCAGUGGAGUCCCAGAGAAGCCAGCGUUCGGUCAGUUCAAGGAAGGAGAACGGCAUGUCAUCCAAAGCCCCAAUGACCAACGGCAAGGGUCCCAGUGUGGCGCCAUCCGUCAACUACUGCAGCCCUCUCAAGGUGACUACCAGCACCACCACAGGCCCAAGACCACACCGGCCUGAGAGGGGGGAGCUGAGGUACCCACGUGAGGCGAGAUGCGACCACAGGGAUGAGAGAUACGAGAGGAGGGAGGAGAGAUAUGGCAGGGAAGAUCGCUACACCAGGGAGGACAGAUAUGAAAAGAGGGAUGAUAGAUAUGAGAAGGAGGAAAGGUUUGAGAAGAGAGACGAUCGCUAUGAGAAACGAGAUGACAGGUACGAGAAGGGCGACCGCUAUGAGAAGAGAGAGGACAAUAGAUUCGACAAGAGGAUGACAACAGGUAUGCACGACGCGACAACCGUUACGACAGGGAUCACAGGUACGACGUCGAGAAGCGGCACUUUAGGGAAACGCGCCGCCACGAUGGAGACUCUGAAAAGGACUAUGACCCACCACAGUACAGGGCAGGGCGGUGCAGCGUCGACUUCCGGGAGCUACGUGAUGCCUGGUGUAAGCGCGAGUACGACUUCAAGUACGGGGACGACCAAGCCAAGUGUGAGCGCAUCUACGCCUACGAGAGAGACCUUGACCACCCCCACCACCACAAGCUCGGGCGAGAGGGGAGGUACGAGAGGGACGGAGCGCACGAUCGGGGGUCUGGGGAUGUGAUGGGGAAGGGGCGAGCGACCUAUGACCCCAGGGACCACUACCGCUCGAAGGAGUACUCGAAGGGACUGCCCAACACUGCCACCACCCCCACCCCCACACCCGCAGUCAUCACAGAGUCGAGUGUAUGAUAGCGGUUACACUUUCCGUGCUGUUUGUAUCUGUUUCAAGAGUCCAAUAGUUUCUAGCCUGCUGCCUCCUCCUCCUCCUCCUUCUUCUCUUCCUCUUUCUUCCAUCUCUCUUCCCUCCCCUUCUCGUCUCCUUCCCCUGCCUGUGGAUGCGCCAAGCAGUGUGAUCUGCGUGGAAAGUGUGAUAUAAUUUAUUUCCUCGUCUUGGCAGCGAGUGGAAUGAGUCGCUAUCGGGGUUGGGGUGUGUCCCGUCCCUCCAAGUGACCCCAGUGUGUUGACCAGUCGAUGCUCAGCCGUUCUGCCUUCCUGCAAAGAGGUUUUCGUUGCCUGUAAAUUAUUGUCGUUGUUCUGGUUUCUCCUCGGGACGCGCUGCGAGCCUUCCUCUCCGGCGUGUAAAGUCGUUCUGGACAGAGGCAAAAACACUACAGAGAUGCACGUGCGCCGCCGCUGCUGCCCCCACACCUGCUGUUUAUACAUUCCAUUUUGCAGAUUUCAUACGUAUACAUAAGCCUGUACAUAAUUUUUACCAGAAGUUUAUCGAGAUUUUUAUAUAAUGUGCCUCAUGAGUUUUAGUAUAUAUAUAUAUAUAUAAAUAAAAAACAAAAUACUACUAUAUACGAUACAGUGCAUAUAUAUAUAUAUACACGGAAUACAUGUAUAUUUGUUUAGCGGACUUAAGUUUGUGGCAGAAUGUAAUGUCUGGCUUUUCACCCUUUCUGUUCACUGGCAGCUCAAAACACUAGGUGGCUCCCUGGGCCAGUGGGCAGCUCCCUCGGCUAGCUCGGAGCAGCACUGCGACGGCCACCAAAAGAAACAGAGAAAAAUACCACACUUCCGUUUAACUAUUUAACCAACUUUUGUGUUGUUCUGUUGAGUAACGCAAGAAUAAUUUUUUUGGUGGCUUAAGCAGUGCCUCUACAAGUAUGAGUAUGCAAGACCUCACAUUGUGCAUUAGUGUGUGUGUGUGUGCGCGUCAGAGAGAUUUGUUCAUGUGGGAGUCUCGUCAACAAAGCCAGGUACGAACGCCACGCCCAUGUUUUCCGGCGAGGCAAAACAAGCAAGUGAGGUUCGUGUGUUCCUCCGAGGCCCGCGUACUGUCGCCUACCUUCCCGUAAGCCGUUUUCCGUGCGUACAGACUCACUCUCGUGUUGGCAUUUACUUGUGACAAAAUUUUCCACUUAUCCGUGUCUAAAAAAAUGUCCAGUAUGAAGUCUUUGAUGUGAAAACAGUGUCCAAAAAGCUUCUUGUGUAUGUGAAAUCUACGUAAGCAUGUCGAUAUUUUUCUCCCCUCUAACUUUCUCUUCUCCCUUCAUCACCCUCCCCUUGUGCAAAAUUCGUGUGAUACUUGUGUUGCAUGUGUGUUUCUGGGUCCCCUUCCUCCUCCUCCUCCUUCUUGGGCCCCGUUCCCUUGUGUGGGCGGGGUCAAGUCAGUCUGUGGUGAGCCUGUUGACCUGACCUAAUGCUGCUGCUGUGGCCAAGUGGACGCAGAGGUAAUGCUCCUUGUUUUAUCUUUGAACAUAUCAGUUUUAUUAUUUUGUGAAGGCACUUUAUUUGUAUAUAUUUGGUCAAAUAAUAAUAAUGCAAUUGCUAAACUGG